AUGCUACCAGACCCACAAGACCGCUUGGAGCGUAAGAAACGCCUUCUUGAGUUCUACGGACCAAAGUCCAAUUCUGAAGUGGAUGAUGCUGCAACUUCCUCUGAUCCGCGGAACAUCGAUUCCUCAGACUUCGACACUAAAGCGUACUUAUCCGAUCUCCUUCGAAAAUGCGAUCUCAACGACUUGAUGUCGAAGGAUUCCGAAAUUGGAGACCAGAUCCGUUCGCUUGACUCCGAGAUGCAGACUCUUGUGUAUGAUAACUACAACAAAUUCCUCAGUGCCACGGACACAAUCAAAAUGAUGAAGUCUGAUUUCAAAUUUAUUGAAGAAGAAAUGAACAUCCUCGCCGAGAGCAUGGUUGAAAUAAGCCGCUUCACGAGUGAAAUCGACCAAGAACUUUGGGACACUAGGACGGCCAUUAAAAAACUCACAGCCACUGCAGAAAAUCUCCAAAAACUUAGCUACCUGUCGUCUCUACCGGGCAAAAUUCGAGAUUACAUGAGCAAGGAGGAGUGGGCAAGGGCCGUCGAGGCGUACUGCAGAGCGAGGGGCUUUUUCGAGAAGCACCGCAACGUUCCGUCGUUUCAGGGCAUCGACAAGGAGUGCGCCGAGUUGAUUUGCGUCGUCGCCAGCAAGCUUGAGGCCCGUCUGCUAUCAGCGGAGGAUCCAUCGGCCUUGACCUCCUCCAUCGAACUGUUGAAGAAGCUUGGACGAACCAAUUCGACGCUGUCGAAAAUGUUCCUGCAAGUGACAUCUCAACGCGUCGACCUACUGCUUGAAAAACUGACCCAGUCCCUGGCGGUGAGCAAGGCUAACGACGACGACGACGAGGAGGCCACCGUUGCUGCGGACGUGCUGCAAUUUGCAAACACAGCAACUGACACAGUUCUCGACGGGCUGCUUUCCUACGUCUUCGCGUAUUCCAGUCGAUUUCUCAGCUCAGCGGGCUUGUCAGAGGGCGAUGGCUCCUCCGAUGCUGGUGAAGGUGAUGAUGAUGAUGAUGGCAGCGACCUUGAGGGUCCACUCUUCGAGUGCAUCAAAAGCGCCACCUACAAGUUCUUCUCCCUCAUCGACGCGAAGAUGCGCGAAGAGGUUCAAUCCUCGGACACUGGACUGGUGGUUCGUGCGCUGGAACGCCUCUACUCCCGUCUGAUGGGCUUCAGCUGCAGCGUGCUGGAGGUGGUGGCGCCAAACGAUCCCUCGCCCGCGGCAAACGACUUCCGACGUUGCCUUGACGACGCGUGUCUGGAGUUGCUGCUUAGGACGGCUUGUCGAUGCUGCGAGAAGCACUUCGCUCUUCUCAAACUGCAGGCAGCCGACUGUCUGACGGACAUUCGACAGCAACUCGUCACCAGCCCUUGCACGGCGUCUGGAACGAGUGAAGUCGAUGGUGAAACGCCGACGCUAACAGAGAUUUACGACGAGAUGAGUCGUGUCCUAGCAACCAACCUCCGCGACUGUCUCAAGCUGCUCGAGGCCUUUCUAAGCAGCGACAACACAUUCGCGCACAUUCAGUCUUUCCGCGCCAACUUCUGUCUGGAAUACGUCAGAGAAGGCAUUGUUACGGCCUACCUGCGUUUUCUGAUCCAAUUUUGCGACGACCUCUCGAAGUGCACUCCAUCGAGCAUUCCAGGCACCCUCAUCCUACUUCUGGGGAAAUUGUGCCUUGAUUGGGCCAACUCGGGCACUGUGGGGCAUCUCCUAAGCACAGCUGACGACUUUAUUCUCAUUGGUGUGCCGAAAUCUUCGACUACCGUGCUGUCUCGCCAGCAGGCGAUUCAACAGAUGCUCGCCACGAGACAGCAGCCGCUCACCGCGCCGGGACCCCUGGCCGAGGAGUUCCGGACAACAGCGACACACCUGCUGACGACCUACGUGAAGUUCGAGGGUGCCCAGAUUGCUCACAUGAUGCGCAAAUCCGUCGAGGCGCGCGAUUGGCUGCGUUGUCUGGAGCCGCGGACUGUCCGGUCGGUGGUACGACGCAUCCUCGAGGAUCUGACCGUCAUCGAUCUCCAGAUCAGCCAAUUGCUGCCCCCGUCAAGCGCUGGUAGAUCGCGUGGGAAAGAUGUGCGCGGCUCGGGCGACACCUAUUACUCGUGGCGCUUCUCAACACCCCAGCGCCCCGGGCAGUCGAUGGUGGAGCGGGAGGGUGCCGCGUCGCGCCCCCCUCUCGCGUCUUCGCAACACCGCCUAUCUCUGUCGUCGUCAUCGUCUGCCGCUGCUGCUGCUGCCGCGUGGCAAGACAACGACCCCGCACUCGCCAGCCAACUGCGACGCCUCUUCUUCCAGCACGUGGACAUGUUUGCACCCGUCAAACCCACCCGCGAAUCCAUCCUCUUCGGUGUGAUCAAAAUUGGACUCAAGGCUUUUGGCGAGUGCGCGAGGAUCCGGGUGUUCGGCAAGUUUGGCCUCCAGCAAAUCCAGGUCGACUGCCACUACCUGCACAUCCACCUGUGGAAAUUCGUCAACGACGACAAACAGGUUCAGGUGGUGCUCGACGACGUGAUGUAUAGUGUCAUGCAACGCUGUGUUGAGCCCCAAUUGAUGGAGAAUAGCAUUGUUGACGCGAUCUGCGACACCUCGCGCACCGGAAGCAAUCUGUCGAAGUGA